AUGAGUAUUCUUCAAUACCCAGAUGCAGCGAGUGCAUCAGAGCUCCAGGUAUGGAACAACGCUGCUUUCGACGAUGGAGAUUCUGAAGACUUGAAUGCAAUUAAAUCUUCUUGGUCGAAUCUGAAAUCUUCUUAUGUGAAUCGGUCGCAAUCUGAUUGCAGCAAAGAGAAUCAGAGUCCCGUCUUGGGAAAAACUCAUGUUCCUCUGAAAUCUUCAACACCUGUAAAGCCCCUUCACUCAAACAAUGUUAUCGGAAAUUCCCAAGGGAAGACAUUGAAGGUUUCUCUCAAGCAGGGUUUUCUUGAACCCUUAUCAGAAUCGAGGAGUGGAAUUAUUGAAGAGAAAAAUCGCGAUGAACAGAAGAUUGACAUGGAGAUCGAAAAAACUCAAAAGGAGAUCAAUCGCUUAUCAUCGAAACUUGAAGCGCUUCGACUUGAAAAGGCUGAGCGCAAAUUGAAAACGAUGGAGAGACGGGGAAGAAUAGUGCCUGCUAAAUUCAUGGAGCAGAAACAGGGUGUCAAGAUUCAAGAUUCUUCGAAAAAGAUCGACGAGUCUCUCGUAUCAAGAACAAUAACAAAUAUUAGUCGCAGAGGCGUCAGUUUGGGGCCAGCAGAGAUAAUCGCCGGAGCAAAAUCUCGGUUUCUGGGUAAGCAGGAAAUCACCCCUGUUCAGCCAAUACAGAGUCGUCGCAAAUCUUGUUUCUGGAAGCUUCAAGAAAUCGACGAAACAAAGGUAACAAAAGAGAGAGGAAAGAGCUUGAGUUUAAGUCCAAAAUCACGAAAGACUGCAUCCAAGAUUCCGGCACAUAAGCAAGCUGCGACUACAAUUGGGUCUAAGAAGACUGUGAAGAAAGAAGAUGGAAUUCUCGCAACAAUUCAGCCAAAGAAGCUAUUUAGAGAUGGAGAUAAAACAGCAUCAACCAAGAAACCAUUGAAAUCCGGAAGGGUUGUGGCGAGCCGGUAUAGUCAGAUAUCAAAUCAUCUGAAUGGGAGUGUCACAGUGAAUGAUAUCAGAAAGAGGUCUUUGCCUGAGAUUGACAAGGAGGAUGUACAAAGAUGUGACAAGAGACGUGUUUCGCAUGGGAAUGCAGUGAUACAGAAAACUGAUACCAGAGUGAAGAAGAGGUGGGAGAUUCCAAAUGAAUUGGUGGUGUACAAGAGUGUUGCAGAGGAUGAGGAACCUCCACAAUCGUUUUCAGCUAUGCAGCAGGAGCUGCCAAGGAUCAGGAUUGCCCGGUGUGUCGAUGAGAGUGCCAGAGAUUCUGGGGCAGCAAAAAAGGUUGAUGAAUUGGGUGGGAGGAGAUCGUACUUUGCGCCCGAGGAGGAGGUGGCAGAUGAAUUUGUUUGUCAGGCAUUGAGAUUUGAAGAAGAGAACCACCCAGAUGAAGAAGUUGAGUUCUGA